AAAGGCUCUAGCAGGAACUGACCACGAUCAGUGAUCGCCCCAGACGUCUGGGGAGAGAUUGGUCGAAACACAUGGCUUCCUCCUCCCUCUUCUGGAGUUCUUGCAUCAUCUCUCCGAACGCUUCAUUGACGGAAAAACACAAAUUGGUUGCAGAACCAAUUAGGGACACUUAUUGCUGAGGAGCCCUGCCGGUCUGACAGCUGAACACUUGAUCUAUCAGCAGAACUGAAGUACUAGUCUAGAGCCUUCAAACAUGGAUUCAUUCAUUUAUUUCUCACCUUUGGGAAUUAUUUAAUGCAGAGUGUAUUUUUUUCUGCAUUCCUCUUCAGACCUUUUCAAUGCAGGAAUUGUUUUUGAUUGUAACAUAGUAUGGGACCAUAGAAAUGUGUUGACCCCUGGAGACACAUGACCUUGACGUCCUGGCUGGCUUGAGAACAGAGCUAGCUGUGUCAGAGUGUGAGCUCACCACACAGCGGGGAGAGUGGGUAACUGGCCGCUCCAUCACCGUAGACGGAUGCUACAAACACGGACUGACACUCUAAUAAGGCCAGAGGAAGAGGAGAAGCAUUCAGGUACUAAUGCUUAGACUGACCAUCUGCUUAUGAAUCUCUUUUAAAUGUCUGCUGCCUUAGCUUUCUGUUACGUUUUCGUUGCUUAUAUUAAAAUUAAGACAUUUUGUUACUCCAGACAUUACCAAACAAGCACAAAGUAAGUUCGGGAUGUCAGUGACGUGAGCAACUAGGGAUUAUCUUUCUUUACAACAAGAUAACUGUCUUUAUCGAAAAACAAAUAAUCCGCGAAAGCGCUUGCCAAAGGAAAGUUGGACCUCAUGACCAGAUGUACAACAGAGGGAGUAACUUCUGGCCAGAUGUGAGAGGAAUGUCCUGGUUAGGACCUUCUCUGAAUGCUCGCCACUAACCGCUGACUUCACAUAUACGUCAAGAAGAUCUAUCAGCCUUGAGGGACUAUAAGAGCUCCUGCCAUUUCACCACACUGUGUGGUUUACCCCAACUGCCUUUUAUUACUGAACUUCUUUCCAUCUUGAGACUUUCCCUCUGGUCUAAUUUUAAAGAGAAGUCUGUCCUUGGUGGCUAAUCACUGAAGAAUGACAAAAUGUAGAGAAGUCUUACUGUACUUUUGAGUGGGUGGAGGAUCUGGUGAAAUGCUUGGCUGACUUAACAGUUGGACGCGAGGAAGCACCUGUAUCUGGUUUUGUGCUUUCCGUGGGCCUUAAUAAUAAGGCUCUAUGGGCUAGCAGAGGGAUCUUGCCAUGCCUGUUGCCGUUCGUAAGAGAAACUGGGAGGAUCAUGUGACCCCACGCACAGGAUUACAAUACAGCUAUGAUGACCUAGACUUGGUUUGCUGCCAUGUGCAGUACCAACGCAGUAGGUGUGCCUCGAUGUCUGAGUGUAGUCAUCACCAGACUCAGACUUUACCCUGCCCUCAGGAGGAUAUCAGAGAUGGUACAAGAACGAUGGAGAGGAUAGUGAAGAAGUUUGAGGGUGGAACUCAACCUAGCUUUGAAGGUGCAAGGUGCCAAUCAUUGACGCCUGGAAACACCGUCAAUGAUACAGCACAGCACAAGAGUGACCAAGAUAGCAGGCUACCUUCAGACAACAUGGCAGAUCAAGGUGAAUUGCAAUGUUCUGCUUCAGGAACUUUGCAAGCUCACAGUGGAGAUCCAGAUAAUAAGGAACUAAACAAGGAUAAAGCAUCUGCUUCCCUUAGCCUGACACAUUAUGUACUUCCUACUGCAUUAUUAGCGCAAAUAGAGGAAACAAGUGAUUUAUCAAAUGCAGGACAGUUGAAGGACAGUAACUCUGUAAAAGUUGACUGUUCUGAAAUAACUUCAGAAAAUAUAGAAUCCAUGGUGAAGGUUAGUGUGGGCAGUCAGAUGUUAGCACAUGAACCCAUGAGUGUCACAAGCGAGACCACGUAUAUAACUAAUAACCCACCCACCUCUGAUUCACAGCAGAAAUCUGCUGACCCACAUAAUAUUGUGGAAGUACAAUGUUGUGAAAUGUCUAAAGAGACGGUUUUAACACGUGGAAUGCUUGUUGAAUGCUCAUACACAGACGGAACUGUGAUCCCAAACUUACCAUCAUCAACUUCUCAAGAAAUUCACAUUCCAGAAGCUAGCUCAGAUACUAAUAAAGCAAGUCUAGUGUCCAAAUGUUGCAUAGUGCCUCAAGGUCAAGACAAUGGAAAUCUGGAGGAUGAUGGCAUUUUUAAAUGUUCUGAUCAUGAGAUGUUAAAAAUUGGAAUCCUUAAACCACCUGCUUGUGAAACUUCUCUACUGGAACCAUCUGGAAAAAUUGACAUCUUGGAAACAAGGCAUGACUGCUUCUCAAAACUCCAAACUAUCCAUGAGGGGUCCUUCUCUGAAUCGGGAGAUGAUGCUUCAGCUCAGAUAUCAGGAGAGAUGCCAGUACAUCUAGUAAGUGCAGAAUUAAAAACCAACAACUGUGAGAAUUUGACAACUUCAGAGGAUCAAGACAUGAGUCUAAAGGAGCCAACAAGAGAAGAACCUCAACCUGAAGGACUCUGUGAUGAACAUCAGGCAAACCAAUAUACAAAUACAGCCAAAGACACCGAGAGUGUCCCAAAAGCUGAAGGACCCCUUGUCAAGCUUCGCACAAGGAAGAGCUCACGGGAGGAGAGGGAGAAGGAAAGGUCACGUUUGGACUCCAUGGUUCUGUUAAUAAUGAAGUUGGAUCAGCUGGACAAAGAGAUUGAGAAUGCCCUAAGCUCCUCCCUCAAUAGUACGCCCAAUUUAAAGAGGCAGAUCAUCUCUGAAGUUGAUUUAGAAAUGCUGGAUUCAGCAGGAAGUCUUUCAGCCUCCUCCCAGUCUCUAAACACCCCACUUUAUCGCUCGUCAUCAUCGCUGUCUUCAUCAGGACCCUCUGGAACUGCUGGGGCUAGGCCAAAAAAUGAGAUCUAUGCUGUGCUUUCUGAGAAAGACAGAGCUGAAAUUGAGGCGAAGGAGGCGUGUACAUGGCUGAGGGCUGCAGGUUUUCCACAGUAUGCUCAGCUUUAUGAAGACAGUCAGUUCCCGAUUGAAAUUUCCUCUGUUACCAGAGAUCAUGACUUCUUGGAUCAAGAUGCCAUAGAAGCCUUGUGCAGGAGACUGAACACCCUAAACAAGUGUGCUCUUAUGAGAUUAGAGAUCACCCCUCAAAGAAAAAGAAGUGAGGACUCUGAUGAGGAUGAGCCAUGUGCUAUAAGUGGCCGUUGGACUUUCCAGCGGGACAGCAAGCGCUGGUCUCGCCUGGAUCAGUUGGAUCUUGAUGUAUUCUCCUCUCCACCUGGAGAUGCUGGCUCCUUCACUGCCUUUCUAUCCCAAGAUGACCGUUUUGCCAGAGGACCCCUUUUAAAGGAGGGAGUUAAUGCUAGUGCAGAGAGCAUCUUAACAGAUCUUAGUGAGCAGCCAGAGGUGGGCUCUCUGCACAGUGCUGGUAGUGGAAGUCGAGGAGGAUCUCUGAGUACCACUGUACCAUCCAGCCCUGCUACAACCAUCUCCAAUGCUAACACAGCCACCACAACCAGGGCGAGCUCAGUUGCUAGUGUUUACUCCUCUGGAACAUCAGGUGCCAAUGAAGACUCCCUGUCUGAUGGGCUUCCAUCGCCGCUGGAACGCGGCACUUUUGCAUUCGAUCUAAAACCAAGCUUGAUAAACAGCGCUGCUGAAAAAAGCACACGUUCAAGAGCAAAGAGUUUCUUGAAGCGCAUGGAAAGCUUGCGCCUACGCACCAGCAGCAAUGCUGCCUCCAAGCGCAAAAAGAAGGGUGUAGUUGGUCAAGGUAAGCUGGAGAUCAGCGGGCCGGUGCUGAAAGAGGGUUUUGACGAAGACAAACUACGACGCCUCAAUUGUGUGGACAUCGCAACUCUGGAUCGCAAUGCAAACCAAGACCGAAGCAUCACCUAUUCGACGCAGACAAGCAGUGGGAGUGCAGGAAGUAGCCAAUCAGAGGCCAGCAGUGGAAGUGCUGUAAGUACGCCCAGUCCAGUCUCAAGAGCACGUAGUCACAGCACAGCAGCGGGGUCCACCAAGAGAGGUGGGAUGUACCUGGAAGGCUUUGACCCAUUAAAUUUUGUUGUGCUGCAACCUUCAGAAGACCAAGAAGGGAAGCACCAGAAAAAAAGUAAGAAGAUGGAACCGAGCUCAACUGCAGAGAACAACUGUCGCAACCGUCAGAGUUCAAAUUAUAGACAAAUAGAGGAAGAAGAGAGACAAGAAGAGGAAGGAGGUGUGAUCUUCUUCUACUUGCCUGAAGGCCACAAGCCUGGCACUUUUCCUAAAGCACUUGCGGAUGGGGGAUCCUAUCGUGGUGGCGACAACAUAAGUCGACGCCCAGCCCAGAGGGGCUCGGCCGCCUCACUAGACAGUCGAUUGAGUGUCUAUGAUAACGUUCCUUUCUCAGAAGUGGGAGAUGAUGAGGACGAAGCAGAAGGAGAGGAGGAGUCAAAACUUGAAGACGUGUUGGAGCGAGUCAGUGGCCUACAGCAAUUGGUCAAUGCCUGGUCAGAAACAGGAACUGGGGAAGAAGAAGAGGAUGAAGAGGAAGGGGAUUCAGAUUCAGCCCUUGAUUCUGCAUCUCCUUGUCCAUCAUCCCCACUGCAGAACCGCUUAGAAGAGACAGAGAACGGUAGUGACCAGGACAGCACUGGAAACCCACUUGCAGAAAGGGAUGAGACACUCAGCUCACGUGAAAGAUGUGACUCUGGUGUGGGAGCAUCACUUACACGAGCCAACAGACCUCAGAGACUGCGCUGGCCAAGUUUCCAGAGCUCCCACAGGCCAAGUCUGUCAUCAACAGUGCUACAAGUUGGAUGUCAGUCAGUUUUGCAGAUGAACCUCCUUCAGAAAUACAGCCUGCUCAAACUUACCGCUCUACUGGAGAGAUACACACCCACCAACAAGCAUGGCUUCAGCUGGGCUGUUCCCAAGUUUAUGAAGCGGAUCAAGGUUCGAGACUAUAAGGACAGGAGCGUGUUUGGAGUUCCACUGCAGGUGAUAGUUCAAAGGAGCGGACAACCCCUGCCUCAGAGUAUUCAGCAAGCUAUGCGUUACCUGCGGAGCCAAUGCCUCGACCAGGUGGGGCUGUUUAGGAAAUCAGGGGUGAAGUCACGUAUCCAAGCCCUUCGCCAAAUGAACGAGUCAUGUGGCGCUGGUGGUGGUGGAGUCAACUACGAGGGCCAAUCAGCUUAUGACGUGGCUGACAUGUUAAAGCAGUAUUUCCGAGACCUUCCAGAGCCUCUGCUUACCAGCAAAUUGUCUGAUACCUUUCUGCAGAUAUAUCAGUAUAUGCCUGCACAAAACACACUGUGAACGGUGAGGGCCGCCGUUUUGCUGUUACCGGGGGAGAACCGCGGUUCAGUGCCUUGCAGACUUUGCUCGUGGUAUUGAGGGGUGAGUGAGCGCUGUACAUUCACUCAGCCAGCGCGCCGGGUGAGAACCAGAUGAUUGCAAUCUGUUAACACAAUCCUGGCUGUGUGUUUGGCCCCUUCUCUCUUCCACCUCAACACACUGCGGAGAGAGAGCUCCUCACCCAGAGUCAUAAACAGAAAGAACGCCCUGGGAAAACCAGACCAAAGGGACUUGAACGAGAACCUGGCCGCCACACAUGGCUUAGCACAUAUGAUACAGGAGUGCCGAAAACUCUUCCUGAUCCCAGAAGAGAUGUCACGCUGUAGGAACUCUUACAUGGAGCAGGGCUUGAGUCCCAUGCGGAUGGAGGUGUUGGUGGAAGACUGCAGUCCUUGUAGCUACCAAAGUCUCCUCAAAGACAGUAUUGAUGCACUGCUUAAAGAAGCCAAGGACAAAUUCAAGGGUUAUGACAGCUGCUCCACUCCUGAAAACGCUGAGCUCGCAUAUAAGAAGGUUCAGGACGGGUCGUCUCUGCGACAGUGGAAAGUGUGUGUGGACAUGCCUGCAUCGGCUGAGGAUGUCUCGCAGCGGAUUCUGCGGGAGCAGGAACGCUGGGAUGAGGACCUGUUAGAGUGCAGGAUUGUGGAGACACUGGAGCAUAACAUGGAAGUCUAUCAGUAUGUCAGGAACUCAAUGGCACCCCAUCCGCCAAGAGACUACGUGGUGCUCAGGUCAUGGAUGACAGACUUGCCCAAGGGAGUGUGUGCUUUGGUGUGUGUGUCAGUGGAUCACGAGAGUGCAGGGGUGCUGGGUGUUCGUGCUAAUGUUCUGACCUCUCGCUAUUACAUCGAACCCUGCGGACCCAACAAAAACAUCCUAACCCACAUUUCAAAAUUAGACAUUAGGGGUCGUUGCCCUGAAUGGUACAAUAAGCUGUAUGGUCACCUGUGUGCUGCAGAAGUGGUGCGGAUACGUGACUCUUUUACCUGCCUGGACAAAUAAACACACAACCUGAGAGGAAGAUGGUGAUGAUUUUAAACUCCCUUUACAUACGAUCUGAGCCCUUAUUUGAAACAGACUAAUGACUGUGCUGAAAUCAACAAGCUACAUGGGUCAAAGCUCUUGCCAUUUGGAUGGCCAUCAAACGAUAAGCCUGAAAGACUGGAAAUGGGCGUCCCUGCUGCUAUGACAUCAUCAUCACUGACGGCACAACAUUUGACCUUGUUACUGAUCAUGUCAUAGGGUGACUACAUAAAACAGGAGGUGCUUUUGCUUCUGGGAAGCAAGUAUGUAUGUGUAUUUUUGAAUGACUGUGGAAGUGAGCCUAUGUAUAGUGUGUCUGAUUUGAAUGUGUAUUAUUGACAAAUGAGACAUAUUCCAUGCACUGACACCCGCUGCAAUAUAGUGUUUAAACCUGUUUCUGUGUGUGUGUGUGUGUCACUGUUACAUAGUCUGCAAUGCUGUGUACAGUGCUUUCAUAAUAUUUAAGAGAAUGGACUGAUGGAUGAAUGGAUGGACAGACUUGUUUGUCUAUAUACACAAGACAGAAAGUGGUGGCUGGCACACCUUUGAAAGGAAAACAGGAAAUGUGUGACAGAGGAAAAGACUAGAGCAUGAAGACACUUAAAAAGCACAGAGGGUUCCAACAGCACCAAAACCAAAGCUGAGACCAAUACAAUGUGGAGCGAGUAUACAUAGCAAAGCAAUCCGAGGAUUCAACACAGGACUCCAAAGAAAACAUAAAUACAGUUUACUCACUCUGAGGCCUGUGAUUGGUCGUGGUCGGUGCUGCAAACCAAUAAAAUUCAUUCAGCUGUCUCAGCCAUUUAACAUCUCGAGCCCUGGGAAAAGAGAGUGUUACGAAAGACACAAAGGAUAGGAAAAGCUUUUUAUUUUGGGAUGAAUGUUCAGGUUUGAUUACAGAGGCUACCAAGGCGAUAAUUUGGUCAGAGGAUGGUAAAGAGUGUACGAGGGGAAAUUAUGUCUGUUUGUUUGUCAGUGUUAACCAGAAAUGAAGUAAAAGUCUAAAAUAGUAACAAAGCUUGUAUUUACACUUAACUAUAACCAGCCCUGCGGUCACGUCAUCAAAGUAGGAGUGCUGCGAUCACCCAACAGAUUUCUUUCUGACGUGAUGCUUUGGAUGAGUCCAGUACUCAUCUUGAGGUGCUUUAUGAUUGUCGGUCCUGGGUUCGAUGUCUCGAUUUAUUGCUACUUGCGUGCCUGUCCAUGGCGGUGUAUUAUAAACGUGUGUAAAUUAAAUGUAUGCUGCCAAACUGAGAAUAACGCAUGACAAUGACAGUUAACUUAAACCUCUCUGUAUUUAUAUCACUCAUAUCGUGUUUUUGUAUGUAUCAUGUAUUUUAUUGUAAAUGUUACACUCUUAAGUUACAGAAAUGAGAAAGUUGUUUAUCUUUUUUAUUAUUAAUGUUAUUUCUGUACAGAUUAAUCAUGGUCAAAAUGCACUAUUAAAUGUAUUAAAACAGCAUGAAAACAGCUUAGACUUUUGCACAGUACUGUGUAUAUGUAUAUAUAUAUGCAUACAUACACAGUUGUAGUGCUUUUCUGGGAACUGAAAAACAAGCCAGAAAAAGGAGAGAUAAGAUACGUGUGUGAAAGAAAAUUUGGGUUGAAGUAGGAGAGAAGAACAUUCCAGAGUUUCCCUCUCACUUCUGAGAAUGAGCUGAAGGAGAGUUCCCACAAUGAUAAAUGAUAGAGGGAAAACAGGGCAACAAAUUUCUCCAGAUUGUGUGUAUAUGCCAUUUAUGACUACAUCAGUUAUCAGCUGUCUCUGACAAGAAAACGAUGAGAGACAAAAUUGGGGCGGGAAAACACACACACACACACACAGAGAGAGAGAGAGAUAGAGAGAGCGAAACACUGGCAUGGAUUUUAUGAAAUACAUUAAAUGGCCCUAAUAUGAAAAACAAUAUCAAUAAAUUAUUAAAUGUGUCA